AUGGCUGAAAUAAUAAAGAAACCAAAAGUGAUGGAAAGAGCACAAUCUGAAGUUAGAAGUGUUUAUGGUAACAAAGGGUAUGUGGAUGAAUCAGAAUUGUACCAAUUGACAUACCUUAAGUGUGUCAUCAAGGAAACCUUAAGGUUACAUCCACCUGCGCCAUUGCUGAUUCAAAGAGAGAACAAAGAACCAUGCCAAAUCAAAGGGUAUCAAAUUCCAGCCAAUUCUAGAAUUAUUAUCAAUGCUUGGGCAAUUGGAAGAGAUCCAAGGUAUUGGGUUGAUGCCAUGGAUUUUAAGCCUGAGAGGUUUGUUGAUGAUUAUUUAAUUGAUAAUAGAGGCACAAACUUUGAAUUUAUUCCAUUUGGUGGUGGAAGAAGAAUGUGUCCCGGGAUUGCAUUUGCUUCACCAAACAUGGAAUUACCACUUGCUCAAUUUCUUUUCCAUUUUGAUUGGAAGCUUCCCGAUGGAAUCAAGAAUGAUGAACUUGAUAUGACUGAGUUGUUUGGGAUCACCACAAGAAAAAGAAAUCAUUUCUGUUUGAUUCCCAUUAUUGUCAAAGAUAUGCAUAAAGACAACAAUGUAAUUAGCAGUUAG